AUGACUGGCAAGACGGAUGCUUUCGAGAAGGCUAUUCAGCUAGGCCUUAAAGGCGAUGCAGACGGACUAUCAUCUCUUCUGUCCGAGGACAAGGAGAUUUUGGACCAGAGCAACGAGGAUGGAAAGAGUCUACUGUACAUGUUGUGUGCUGCAUGCACAGAUGAUGGUGCUAUCCCAAGUCGACACGGCACCACGGAGCAACUGAAGGCUGUCACGGCCGUGCUCAAAGCCGGCGCGGAUCCUGCGAAAGCAUCGGCAACAGGCAUGACACCACUCCAUGUAGCUGUGAUGGGAGACCACGUGAGCUUGGUCCGAUCACUGCUGGAUGCCCGUGCCGACUGCGCAACAGGGCAGCUGCUUGAUGGUCGGGCAGACAACUCGGGCAGCCCUUUGGCACUGGCGCUCUUCUAUGCAAAGGCCAAGAUUUGCCCAGAAGUGGUUGCGUUGCUGGCAGAGCGCGCUGGCGCACCUGCCAACCUCAGGACUGCCGCAGCCUUGGGUCAGCCCUUGGAUGAUUUCUUUCAGGAUGAGAAGAGGCUUUCCAGGAAUGCCCUCCGACACUUGGGCUUUUAUCGGCCCAUUCCAGCUUUUCCGGAGUGGCCAGCUCGUUUGGAGUGGGUGGCAAGACAGCAAGGCCCGGAACCUGGGGAGGUCACGGAGGAUGUUGAGCAGGCGAUACUCGACGAAGCCUUGUCCUGGGCUGCUAGGAACAACCAGGUGGAAUCCAUGGUCCACCUUUGCAAUUCCGGGGCGAACGUGAAUAGCAACGCCUUCCGCGGCACACCCUUACUGUGGGCAAUCUACAGUGACAGUCCUGAGGCUGCCCAAUGGCUUUUAGACCAUGGAGCUGAUCCCGACUUGAGGCAUGAUUUCGGUGGUGCAGAGCAUGGACACGGAGCUGUGGCUAUGCACCUAGCUGCGCAGUACAGUAGCCUGAAGUGCCUACGUCUCUUGCUUGACAGAGGGGCAGACGCCACAAUCGCGGAUGCUGCGCAUGGCGGCACACCGUUAAACUGGGCACAGUUUGCGAAUGCAGCUGACAGUCUUGAAGUUUUAGCAAAGUACGGCCACAGGCCUAAAGAGACUGCCGAAGUUGCUUCCAAGUAA